CUUCGAUGCUCUGUGGACAUGUCAGGCUCUAGAAGCUCCAGUUUUCAACAACAAUCCGCGUCGCAAGCCUUGCUAUCUUCGGAAACUACUAAAAUAACUAUUGAAGCGGAUGCUAAGAAUAGGGAGACUAUUCGUAAGUUGUUGGAAGCGUACGAACAAGAGCACAACGUAUUCAAGGCGCAUGGAAUAAAAGGAGCUGACAGAAUUUUUAAUGAAAUUGAGAAUAUUCUACUUCUGGAUCUCAAUAUCAAAAUUGUAACCAUAUAUAACAACGACAAAAACUCUGCUGCAAUGAUUAUCGCAGCAUUCUUCGGCCGAAGGUUCGCGCUAGAUAACCAACCCGGAAAUCCCACAAAGUACGUAGAGAAAGAUCUUCUGAGCGAAUGCCAUCAUCCUUUGCACACAAUAAUGGUCAUGUGCUAUAUAGCGCACGUUAUGCAGAAGAAAUUUUUGGGCAAGGAUUCCGGAUAUGAAGAUGGAGAAGUCUACGAGAAACUCAAAAAUGAACUCGAGGACAUUGCCUGCAAAAUUGUGAGCCAUUUGAACAGCGGAGAAAGCGGAGCUGAUCGAGUUGCAAUAGUUCUGCAAGCGGAUUAUAAGUCUGAAUUUGGAAAGGAUACAAAAGGAAAAACUAAUACAACUGAGAAAUCAGAAGAGAAAGUUGGGCCAUAUCAUGACUAUCUAAACCGGAAGUUUGACCAAAGUCGGGAAAUCAUGGCGAUCGCGUAUAAGGCAAAAGCAAGGAAGUUCCUAUCUCUCAGGCCAUGCUUACACUUAAUGGAGACUCGAAAUAAGGCCGUGAAAACGAUCAAACACACGCUGAAUUGGACAUUUCGACUUGCUUAUAUACUCAUGUUCGCCUAUAUGCUAUGCCGUUAUCCGUUUUACAGCAGUUACGACAGUACAAGUAGUCUUGGCUUCUGGGAAAUGCUCCCUUUUCUGUUUGUUCCCGCGGUGCUCAUAGCACAAGUGUCUAUGACAAUUAUCAAGUCAAUUGAUCAUUUGAUUUUUGACGAUUUCAAACUGAAACACGGCUCCAAUCCAUUUGGCUUCUACUUUUCCAGUGUUCAACGCUACGUUCGUUUGAAGAAGCUCGCGUUUUGGAGAGUUUGUUUAGUAGUUCCACUUCUCAGUUUAGAGGCAAUUCGCUUCGUGGUUUUUGCGGGUCUUCCCAGCAAGCCCAGGAACUUUUGGUCGGGAGGAUGGGUGAUUUUGCCUCUUAUGCUGGAACUUUUAUACUGCUCUCUGUUCACUAUUGCGACGAUCUCAAGUCUUCGAUUCUUCCAUUCAAUUCAGUCUAUUGGGUUUUUUGUGCACAUUUUCAAGAAAAUGAUGAAAACUGUUGGAAUGUUCAUAUUGAUAUUCUGUACGUUUUGGUUCGUCCUAGCAGUGACUCACGUCAGCCUCUCCAGAACUCUCCUAGUACAUAACAGCACAUUCAUCUACACACUUAGUCUACCUGGAAAGUUUGAAAUAUUCGGAGAAGUACAAGAUGAAGAUCGCAUCGGGAUACUGUCCAACUGAAGCCAUUUUACCAAAACUUUUUGGGAUUUUUUCGAGAUGGAAUAUGCGGAAGCCAGUUGCCUAUUUCGCAGUACAAUUAUGCCGUUUUUGGUUUUUACCUACAUUUUUGUUUCGGGGAUUCUACUGAUUAACUUGCUAACUGCGCAGUUAACAAAAGAAUACGAAAAACAAUCGGAGAACAGUCUUUACUACAAAGGAUACCUUAAAUAUGAACUUGAGGCAAAAAUUGAAUCAAAACUCUACCUGCCUCCUCCGCUGUCACUUAUUUAUAUACUUCUAAGAUGUUCAACAUGUAUGGUCCUACUGAUCAUGUGGGGCAUACAAAAAUGGCUCAAAAAAGAUGCCGGACGAGUUACACAGUUCUCAGAGUACAUAUGGAAAAACAUUAUCGAAAAAAUGGAGGGACAUCCGUGGGGAGUUGUCAGAAAACAUACACCUUCGAAACGAAAAGAUCAGAAUGAUCCCAAUGCUCAGAAUGCACAAAAUGGCAAAAACGAUCCAAAUGCCCAAAAUGCACAAAGUGAUCCGAAUGCCCAUAAUGCUCAGAAUGUCCAAAAUGCUCCAAAUGUCCAAAAUGCUUCAAAUGUCCAGAAUUCACAAAAUGGCCAAAAUGACAAAAACGAUCCAAAUGCCCAGAAUUCACAAAAUGGGCAAAAUAGGCAAAAUGAUCCAAAUGUCCAGAAUUCCCAGAAUGCACAAAACGGCCAAUAUGCCCAAAAUUCAAAAAAUGGCCAAAAUGAUCCAAAUGCCAAGAAUGCACAAAAUGGCCAAAAUGAUCCAAAUGCUCCAAAUGCCCAAAAUAGCAAAGAUGAUGCAAAUGCUCAAAAUGCACAAAAUGACCAAAAUGCUCCAAACGAUGCAAAUGGCCAGAAUGUACAAAUUGACAGAAAUGAUUCAAAUGCCCAAAAUGGCCAAAAUGCUCCAAAUGACCAAAAUGCUCAAAAUGAUCCAAAUGCUCAAAAUGCUCCAAAUGUCCAGAAUUCUCAAAAUACUAGAAAUGCUCAAAAUUCUCAGAAUGCCCAGAAUGCCCGAAAUGCUCCAAAUGCUCAGAUUGCACAAAAUGAUCCUAAUGCUCCAAAUGCUCAGAUUGCACAAAAUGCUCCAAAUGCUCAAAAUGAUAUAAAUGCUCCAAAUGUCCAAAAUGCUCAAAAAGCUCCAAAUGCUCAAAAUGCACAAGAGCAACAAGAGGCACAGGCCAAGGAACUUGAAAAGGAAAUUGGGCAGUUUUUAUGCAAGAGGUCAUUUGGCGUCCUGGAAGGACUGAUGGAUCUUGUCGGCGGUUUCGAGAAGCACACACUCGAUGUGAGCACGCUGAAAACAAUAAAAGAGAAAACCAAUCAGUAUUGUGAUAGAGUAAUUGAUGAGGAGAAUGCCAGAGAAUGCCUUAAUUUAGCAGUCAAAUUUUAAGUUUUAUUUUAUUCAAUCCAAUAUAUAUAUAUAUAUAUAUCCCCAGUUGAACCAGUUGAUGCAUCUGUUUUUAAAUCAAAAACUGCUGACAAUUUAAAUCUACGUACAUGUAUGUUUUUACUAUUUGCUCUCCCUCAUUUAUAAAUUAUCUGUAAUGAU